CAUUAGAAGCAAUUUUAUACAAAUAAAAAAAGGUGGAAAAUAUAAAUAAUUUUCAACCUCUCUAUUCUGCAUUUGGGGUAAAAUCUUACUGCCUCCGGCGUUCGAUCUCUCUCUCAGAGUAUCACUACUGUUGCAGACGUUGAGCCACUAGAUAUUUUCAAUACAUUACUGAAAUGCAUUUGGAUAUCGCCUUUGACCCUGAUUUUAAUUUUCAAAGUUGCUGACAAACUUGUUUUGUUAGACUAUGAGGAAUGCUUCGACUUCUGGUGUAGAUACAAUUAGCAAUUUGCCUUGUAAUGUUCUCGAUGUUAUUCUUGGGUGCUUGCCUUGGAAAGAUGCAGUGAAGACCAGUAUCUUGUCAAAAGACUGGAAAUACAAAUGGGUAACACGUCAAGAACUUGAUUUUAAUGAUGAGUUUUACAAGUCUUUCAAACAAGAUGAAGAAGCCAAGAGAAUUAUUUACCAAGUCCUAUUAGUCCAUAAAGGACCAAUAUUGAAGUUUAGACUCCGCAAUUUUACGAGUUGUCCUGAUAUUGAUCAUUGGAUGCACUUCUUGUCGAAGAAAAAUGUCCAGGAAUUCACCCUUAUUGUACGCAUAGGAAACAAGUAUCAUUCACCUCAUCAUCUUUUUAAAUUCCAGCAGCUAAGGUAUUUGGAACUUCAAGAUUGCUUGUUCCAACCUCCACUCGGUUUCAAAGGGUUUGAGAAGCUUAUUAAGCUCGAUCUUAUGCAUGUCACUUUUGAUUCAUCAAUAUUAACAAAUCUCAUAUCUAAAAGCCCGUUGCUUGAAUGGUUGAGGUUGCGUUCCAUCACAAACUUUGACAUCCUUGAAAUUGAUGCUGCUAAUCUCAAAUUCCUUGAGUUUAUUGGGAAAACGAAAUCCAUUUCCUUCAAAAACGCUCCUAUGCUUGAAAAAGUUACUGUGGGUUUCCUUGGACGACGACUUUUGACUGAUAUAUCUCCUGUUUGCUCUAAUUUCCCGAAGUUCUUCCAUUACAUGCCUUCAUUGCUGGAACUGGAUAUAUGCGGUACAACAUUAGAGUACUUGAUCAAGGGAGGUUUACCAGAGAAUCCCCCAACUGCUCUGAACAAUAUCAGAACUCUCACUAUUUCGUCCAUGUCUUUAAGAUACACCGAGGUGGUUUCAAGUGCAGUUUACUUGAUUACAAGCUGUCCUAAAUUACAAGAUCUUACAAUUGAAUUUUACCCUGUUGGGGAUAUUGUUGAACCUGCUGUACAGUUGCUACGACCCCAAUCAUCCUCUUAUGGUGCUAUGAAGCUUCUUCAAAAAGUCCAAGUGAACAUGUUUACUGGUCUUGAGAUGGAAAUGGAGUUUAUGAAGUUUAUAUUGGCAUCUGCACCUGUACUUGAGGAGGUCUCCAUUUGGAAUUUUACACGUUUCCUUUUUCGUUUGUGUAAACAAAUGAUCGAUGAGAUGAAAGAAUUUCGCAGAGCAUCAGCUAAUGUUGAAUUCAAAUUUGAAGAAAUCGAUAUGGAAGGUGGAUAUGAACAUGAAGAAGUCAUGGAAGUGGCAUGAUUAUGCUAACAUAUUGAUUUUUGUAGCACUUGAAGAAAUUGAUAUGGAAGGUGGAUAUGAAACAUGAAGAAGUCAUGAAAGUGGCAUGAUUUUGCUAACAUAUUGAUUUUUGUAGCACUUAGGUUUGCCUGUUAUGCCCUGUUUUGUCUGUCUAAUAUUAUACAGUAUGUAUAUAUCUGCUUGGCAAAGUAUGUUUGAACUGUGACCAUACUUGUAAUGGCCAAUGUAUUAUUAUGUUAUUCCCAUAUUUGGUCUCCGUUUUAUACAA